GACUUAACGAAACACAUAACAAAAAAAAAGAAGAAGAAACUUCAAACAAGAUCAUCUUUUCAUUUACUAAAAAUUUUUUUUGGAUAACUUUUGUAAUUCCUAGUUGAUUUACAAAAAGUGUUGCUCUUCUUUUUCGUUCAAAGGACUCAAACAUGGACGUAUUUUUAAUGAUUAGAAGGAAAAAGACCACAAUCUUUACAGAUGCUAAAGACAAUACGACCGUAAAAGAACUGAAACAAAUGAUCGAAGGUAUUUUGAAAGUUAGACCAAGAGAUCAACAAGUUUAUAACAAGGAAAAUGUUUUAAUGCUUGACGACAAACAACUGCAAGAUUAUGGAAUAACUAUGUCGUCGGCGAAGGCACAACAACCGGCACAACUAGGAUUAGCAACAAGAUUGGAAUCAGGCGAAUUUGAAGAACUGGACUUAACACCAUACUCCUCGCCGCCCGAUCUACCAGAUGUCAUGAAAGCUGCAGAGCCAGCCAAUGGACAGGAGCAGGUUGCAUAAAUAAAUUCCACAAUAACCACACUAUUGAUGGUGGCUUCAUUACACUAAAAUAUCGUUUUCUCUUACAAAAAAACAAAACAAAAAUAAUUGAUUGAUCGUUAUAUUUGCGUUUAAUUUUCCUGGCUGCCGGUUCUGGUUGUUUUUAUUAUAUUUUUUUUUUCUUAAUUUCUUUCCACUUUUUCUCGAGAUUAGUGUUUGUUUCAUUUCUUUUAAUUUACUUUUUUAUAUUAUGAUUGUCUUCAACCGCUAAAACUAAUUGAAUUUACAAACGGCAUACAGUUUCUUUUCUUUAUUUCUUUUUUUGUUUGACUAGGCUCAUAAUUUAUCAACUCAACUUAUAACAUUAAAAGAUUAAAAAAAAACUUUUUCGAUUAUUUUAAUGUCCUCUACCCUUUUUUUAUAGACUCAACAAAAAUGAAAGUAAAAAUAAAUAAAUGAAAUAUCCUAUGUAAUUAUUAAUCUUAGUAAUAUUUAUAAUAAUUUUUCUUAUUUUAAGUUUGAAUUAAAAAAAACAAAGUUGAAAAAUAAUCUUAUGAAAUUGGCACUGCUGUUUCGAAUAAAAAAAAAUAUGUCAAAACAAGAAUCAAGAAUCAAUUAAAAUUACAGUUUUGAACAAA